UCCUGACAAGUAAAUUGUCUAUGUUCCUGACAGGAAAAGUAAUUAAACAGGUUCAACGUCACUAGAUUUAAAAUUUUUACUAACAAAUAUGUGGGAUAUUUUGAAAAAAAUGAGGAGAUUCGACGCCUAUCCCAAAACGUUGGAAGAUGUCAGGAUACAAACCUAUACAGGAGGAGCAAUUACGAUAAUAAGCAUAAUUAUAAUGAAUUUGCUGUUUUGGUCGGAAUUUUUGAAUUACGUGACGCCUGAUAUCACCGAAGAACUAUUUGUCGAUACUUCCAGGAGUCCCAAGAUUCAAAUAAAUUUAGACUUUGUUAUUCCAAAGAUAUCGUGUGAUUUUUUAGCAUUAGAUGCAAUGGACUCUUCUGGUGAGCAACAUUUAGAAAUGGAUCAUAAUAUAUACAAACGAAGGUUAGAUUUGGAUGGAAAACCUAUAGCAGAUCCUGAUAAAGUCAACAUUACCGUUUCCAAGAACACUACUCAAUCUAACAAUAAAACGGAGUGCGGUAGUUGUUAUGGCGCUGCCGAUCGCUGUUGUAACACUUGCGAAGACGUUAAAGAAGCCUACAGGGAGAAAAAGUGGGCCUUGGAUAACAUAGAAAGCAUCGAGCAAUGCAAAAACGAAAAAUACAGCGAGAAAUUAAAAACUGCCUUUCUACAGGGCUGCCAAAUCUAUGGCAGUUUGAUAGUCAAUAGAGUUAGUGGGAGUUUCCAUAUAGCUCCAGGAGAGAGUUUUAGCGUUAGUCAUUUACAUGUUCACGAUGUCCAGCCAUUUUCCUCAAACGAUUUUAAUACGUCCCACAGAAUAAGGCAUUUAUCGUUCGGAGAUCGAAUUGAAAGCCACACUCACAAUCCGUUAAAGGAUUUAGAGGUUUACGCAAACGAAGGGUCUACGAUGUUUCAGUACUACAUCAAAAUAGUACCUACAGCGUACAUACGAAAAGACGGGUCUAUAAUAAGUUCCAAUCAAUAUUCCGUAACGAAGCACCAAAAAGUUGUCUCGAUGAUAAGCGGUGAAUCCGGCAUGCCGGGAAUCUUCUUCCAAUACGAAUUGUCGCCUUUGAUGGUGAAAUAUACCGAAAAGGAAAGGUCCUUCGGCCAUUUUAUCACGAAUCUCUGCGCCAUCAUCGGAGGGGUAUAUACAGUAGCGGGAUUAUUAGAUACUGUCGUUUAUUAUUUUGUGAAAAUGAUGCAGAGAAACACAUCGUUGGGAAAAUUUAGUUAA